AUGACGACACAGGCGCUGAUGGAGUCUGACAGUUUCGAUGCACUCCUUGAGCAUGUUCUGUCCAGUGUCGUGCCACGACUCGAAGCCGCAAUCCCGAAAGUCGAACAAUAUAAGCAGGGCUCGGCUGAUUCGGGUCCCGGUCACGGCGACUCCGACAACAUCCCUGCACGGUUUGCAGCCGUAGUCGAAGAUCUCGAAGAGUGUGCCAACGACAUGAGCUACAUGCGUGACGUCUACCACAGCGCCAUCGACACGGCCCAUGAUAUUGGUCGGAAGGCCAAUAGGGACAAGGAGGAGUAUGAGCAUGCAAUGCGUGGCAUCGAGGAGAAAGAGACUCGUCUGGACCGGCUUCUGGCAAUCCUCGAGAAGACCAAGUUCGAUGACACAACCAAAAAGCGAGCCUUCGAAUUCCAAGAAACCACGAUUGAAGUGCUUCGCGUCGACAAGGAUCUCGUUGUUGAGCGCAUCAAGAAUCUUGAGAAGGAAAAUGGCGAAUUGAGAGCGCGGCUCCGAAAAGCCAAUGGCAGAAUCGAUGAAUUGGAAGAAGACUCGAUCAGGCAGUCGCGUGCCAACAUGACCAGAAAGGAUUGA